CUUUUUUCUGUGUAAAACUUUUAUUUACAUGUAUAUGAACCGGAACACAUCCCUCUGAACAACACAACCCUCUGAUGCGUGUGAUGGUAGCUUGGCACGCUACUUCCCUGGAACCGUUGCUGCUUCCAGUGUUUCCUCCUGACGUCUUUGAUCACUACCCAGUCACCGGGCUCGAAGUGGUGUUGUGGCGCAUCAGCUGGCGUCGGCAGUACGGCUUUCACCUGAGAGUGGAUAACUGAGAGGAAGACUGAAAGACUUAUACAGUAGUUCAACAAAAGAUAAAGCAUUUAGAAAUUCAAACCAGCAACCACACUUUUCCAGGUCACAUACUUCAGGAUACUUGCUGCAGAGCUGACCUUCUAGGAAAGAGUUGGCAUUCUCAUGAGCAAUGGAGGAAAUUUAUGACGAUGUUGACAAUGUCAAAACCCUAAGCUCAAGCUCAUCAACAAUACAAGAAGGUCCCAGGAGACUUCUCAGAGCGUCUGUUCUCGGUCUGGGGCUGCUGAGUGUUUUCCUGCUGGCUGGACUCAUCGGCCUCGCUGUCCACUACCAUAACUCAGUAGGUGGUGCAGCUGCAGAUCUCUCCGCUGUCAAAGCAAACCUGACUGAGCGUCUCCAGGCCAGAGAUCAGCUGCUCUACUCAGUGACUGAAGAGAGAGACGGACUGAAGGCCAACCUCACUGAAAAGACCAGAGAGGUGGACAGGCUUCAGAGUUUGUCCAAACAGAAGAAAACUUGUCCUGCAGGAUGGAGGAUGGUCGGUUGUGUCUGUUAUCUCCUCUCUACGGAGAAAGCUUCUUGGGAACAAAGCAGACAAAACUGCAGAGCCAGAGGAGCAGAUCUGGUGAUCGUAGACAGUAAUGAAGAACAGACGUUCAUGACCAGCAUGAUCAAGGAACCAACUUGGAUUGGGUUGAAUGACAUAGACCAAGAGGGGACCUGGAAAUGGGUCGAUGGAUCUCUACUGACUCAGAAGUACUGGGGACAGCCACCUGAUAAUGGUAAUGGUGAUCCUAAGUGGGGUGAAGAGGACUGUGCAUGUCUUGUAAAUAACUGGAAUGGUGAAAACAACUGGAAUGAUCUACGGUGUACUACCCCUCUGCAAUGGAUCUGUGAAAAAAUACUGUAGCUUGUGGCUGUGAGGCAGUGGGUGUGUCUUCCCAUUGGAAGGUUGUGGGUCCGAUCCCAGCUCCUGCCGUCCUCAUGUCGAUGUAUCCCACUUAACCCCAGAUUAAUCCCGUAUGAAUGUUAGCUUCCUUGAGCUGGUGGCAUUUAGUUUGGCUGCCCCUGUCUGUGAAUAUGGGAGAAUGCUAGAUAUGUACAGUAUGUAUGCUUUGAAGAGUUGUAAAGAUUGGAUAAGCAAUAUAUAAAAUGCUAUCAAUUUACCAAUACAUUUGUUACUACUUUUACAAUUGAUGCAAAAUGACUUCAAAAGUGCUUUUGUAUUUGCUAAACUGUAUAUAUAGAGAAAGAGAGUCUACAUCAACAAGUGGUUGGAGGUCAGGAAUGAAGAUAUUGGUUUGAGUUUUGGCCAAAUUUGACUGCUUGUUACUGGGAAUAUUAACCAUGGGAAAUUAGGAUGUUUAGCAUGUUCUAUACGUGCUCAUGACCAUCAUGUGCAAUAAAAAAAAGCUGCAUAUUGUACGGCUUCUAUAUUAUGAAAUAACAAACGUUGUCCUGA